UGCACGCCUCUAUACCCUCGCGAAUCAUAAGUCGGUCGGUAACACUGUCACUUUCAACAGACGGGGAAAUGUACUGACUGCACGCACUUAACUGGAGACACUGAACGCAUACUUGAAGAUAUAUUGACAACAAUUUCAAACCCUUGUGGAUUAUUUUACCUUUCUGCCAUGCAGAUGAUGGAGGAACCCAGUUCUCAUAAACUGGCAUGGGAUGGCGACGCAAAGGCGAUGCAGCAGUGUUUAACGGACAUAUUUACCAGCGUCUACACCACCUGUGACAUUCCGGAAAAUGCCAUUUUUGGCCCAUGUGUUUUGAGCCACACUUCACUAUAUGACAGCAUCGCCUUUAUUGCUCUGAAGUCCACAGACAAGCGAACGGCGCCUUACAUUUUCAGGGUGGACACAUCAGCAGCCAACAGCUCCUCAGAAGGCCUGAUGUGGCUGAGGUUGGUCCAGUCGGCAAGUGACAGGGAUGAGCAGAACUUAGAGGCCUAUGUGAAGAACGGCCAGCUUUUCUACAGAUCACUGAGAAGAAUAGAGAAGGAUGAAGAGCUCCUGGUGUGGUAUGGCAAGGACCUUAUUGAGCUGCUGCUUCUGAGCUCAGGCAGAAGCCAAGUCAAAAGUAAAGAAACAUCACCCUUUUUGUGCCCAGACUGUAGCCAACGUUUCCAGUUCGAGUUUCCCUUUUUGGCUCAUCUUAGAUUUCGCUGCACUAAGAGACUACAAAGCAUGGCCAGCCCAGAGGAGGAGGCCAAGGAUGCCAGUGACCAGUCUAGUCUGCCUCCUGCCAGGUCCAGUCCCAAGCUGCGCCGAUCUGAUGGCUUCUCCAGUUCACAGGAUGGAAAACCAUCCACAGACUUCCAUAAUCUUGCCAGGGAUUUGGAGAAUAAUAGAACCAGUCCACCAAGUGACAAAGAGGCCGAGAUCCUCAGUGAAAACUCUGGAAAGCGUAAGUUCUCUGACAUGGGGGACAGCAGGAAUAGUGGAUUAUCUCAGCCUCUUAAAUCCAAAGAGGAGUUGGCUACCUCGGCACAGCAGUACCGUGGAGCGUACGGUCUGGAAGAGAGCAAACGGGCUUUCUCUCCUUCUGUUUCAGAGUCAACAGAAACCAAGAGAAGCGCCUUUACAGAGGUCAAGAAGUCACCUCAGAGCUUGAAACACAGCAGCAAAAACUCCAGCUCAAAUUCUGAGAACAAGGAAGCUGGCCGGCCCAGCAGCAAUCCGACUGAAAAACACCUAAACAUCAGACAGGUUCUUAGCGAGACUCAGCCCCCGCAGUCCCGAAUGGCAACCUCGUCAAUUGGCAGUGCAUUCACUUCAGUGCCCCAGCAGGGCGGUGGAGGCUCAGAGAGAAAGAGUGCCUUUAGCCAGCCAUCUCGCACCUUCUCACAGCUAUCACCUCUUGUCAUGGCACCCAAGCUUCUUCCUGCGGUAGACUGCCAUCCCGUGGUGGGCGACACCGUCUCUUCCAGUAGACUCUACCAGGCGGACCACCUUGCAGCGAAGCUCCAUGGCUCAGAACUAGGCAGUAACUGCCCUGUGCCAGGUGGGAUUGCAAAACAGAACCCUUUCCUGUAUGCCACAGCUUACUGGCCCAAGACCUCAGGCCCCAUCCAGCUGCAGAUGCCCUCUGCUCUUACACUUCUGCCACCUUCAUUCACAUCUCUUUGUCUACCAGCCCAGAACUGGUGUGCCAAGUGCAACGCCUCCUUCCGCAUGACCUCUGACCUAGUCUACCACAUGCGGUCACACCACAAAAAGGAGUAUUCCAUGGAACCUCUUAUUAAAAGAAGGAGAGAAGAAAAGUUAAAGUGUCCAAUUUGUAAUGAGUCUUUUAGGGAGCGGCACCACCUUUCCCGGCACAUGACCUCUCACAACUGAGUUUUUGUGGAUUUAUUUGUUGUUCUUUCCUCCUUUCUUUUUUCUUGCAAAAGGAGGUUAAAUUUUUUUAAUCAAGAGGGAAUAUGGUUACUAGAGGAGUAAUGCCAACACAUUUGCUCUCACUUUCAAAAGACGUUGCUGUUUAAAUGGUUUGAUUUCUUCAAAUGUCAUGUUUUUGUGGAUGAAAAUGCAUUUUGACAUAAAAACAUAAAAUCUAUUUAUUCUAUGAAGCACUUAGUAUUUGAAAAAAGGGACAAUAAUAAUGUAAGUGUACUUUGAUAUUUUGUAUAUAUUCAUGUAUGAUGUAUAUAAAUGAAUUUAAGAUGCAGAUCCAUUUCAUUGAGAGUUAUUCAAUGACAUGUUAUGUCUAUAUGCAUAAGGAUAUUGAAAAUAUGAUGUUGAAGUGUAUUUAAGAGUGCAUGUAAAUUAUAGUUAUUGGUUUAAGAUGCAGUCUAUACAAAAAUGUAAAUACUUGUUUUGUUUGAAUACAAAGUGUAAUAUUUUGUGUCUGUGAGGAAUAGAUUCAGUGUUUCUUCCUUUUGCUGAAAUGUACUAUUUGAUAGUUUAUCUAAUCAUGUUGAAUGCUUUGACAAUAAAAUAGCUUUAUUUUUAUCUGA